GCAGAGGCACACGUUAAGAGCAGGCAAUUCCAUGUGCACACACACAUGGAUCAGGGAAAGAGAAGAACAACAUGAUGAACUGAAACAUCAUCAAAAAAUCUCUCAUUUCUCUACUCUACAACCUCAAAUCCAAAACCCAUCAUCAAAUUCCCAGAAAGAUUACAACUUCACUGAGAAAAAACAACAACAUGAAGGAAACCGGUGAUGGGUUUGUGAGAGCGGAUCAGAUUGAUCUGAAGAGCAUAGAUGAACAGCUUGAGAGGCAUCUCAACAAGGUGUUGACCAUCGACAAGAAGAAACGCUUAGAAGAUGAAGAUUCUGCUGCUGGUUCUGAUCAUCAUCAUCAUGUUCAUGUUCAUUCAAGCGCUUCUGCUUCCCCCACUGCCAUUAAGUUCAGACCUGUUGGUGGGGUUAGCUUCAAGAAUCCGAAGCAGGAGUGGGAGAUUGAACCUUCCAAACUCAUCAUCAAGAGUGUUAUAGCUCGUGGAACUUUUGGUACAGUCCAUCGUGGUGUCUAUGAUACACAGGAUGUUGCUGUGAAAUUGCUGGACUGGGGUGAAGAAGGCCAAAGGACUGAAGCUGAAGUUGCUUCCUUGAGGGCAGCGUUUAUUCAGGAAGUUGCUGUGUGGCAUAAACUUGAUCAUCCCAAUGUCACAAAGUUUAUAGGGGCAACAAUGGGAUCUUCAGAAUUGCAGAUACAAACUGAUAAUGGUCUAAUUAGCAUGCCAAGCAACAUCUGUUGUGUUGUUGUGGAAUAUCUUGCUGGCGGUACGCUGAAGUCAUACUUAAUAAAGAACAGGAGAAGGAAGUUAGCUUUUAAAGUUGUCAUUCAGCUGGCACUUGAUCUUGCAAGAGGGCUGAGUUAUCUCCACUCUCAGAAGAUUGUCCAUAGAGACGUGAAGACAGAGAACAUGCUGCUGGACAAGACGCGAACGGUUAAAAUUGCUGAUUUUGGGGUUGCUCGCGUUGAAGCGUCAAAUCCUAAUGAUAUGACUGGGGAGACUGGUACUCUUGGUUAUAUGGCUCCAGAGGUCUUAAAUGGCAACCCCUAUAACAGGAAAUGUGAUGUGUACAGUUUUGGUAUCUGUUUAUGGGAAAUAUAUUGUUGUGACAUGCCAUAUCCUGACCUAAGUUUCUCAGAAAUUACUUCAGCCGUGGUUCGCCAGAAUUUGAGACCAGAAAUACCGAGAUGCUGCCCGAGUUCCCUUGCGAAUGUAAUGAAGAAAUGCUGGGAUGCGACUCCUGAUAAGCGGCCGGAGAUGGACGAGGUAGUUUCCAUGAUGGAGGCCAUUGACACAUCCAAAGGUGGAGGUAUGAUCCCUUUUGACCAGCAGCAGGGUUGUCUUUGCUUCCGCAAGCAUAGAGGGCCUUGAAGAUUCAGUGGUUUAUUCACUGUUUGAAGAAUCAAUUUGUAUCUAUGGUGAGAGAAUACAGGGUUUGGAUAUUGAUAUGAGAGAAAUACACAGUAGCUGGUAUAGGUAGCAGGAGCUGGUGAAAUUGUCCGUGCAUUGGAUGUGUAAAGCUGUACCUCAGAUUUUUCUUUUACUCUUACCUUUUUCCCCUCUUGGUUUGGGUUUUGUGGUAUGGGUAUUAACUUCAGCUUGGCAAUGUUGCCUCCUAGCAGGAUCUUCAUUAUAUAUUAUACUGUUGCAAACUUGCAAUCAUAAUUGAUGUGAUUAAAUUGGAUCAA